AUGAAGCCACCUAGUGUAGCACAAUUUAUGUACGUCUUCUUGUUUCGAAAUACAAAUCCAGAAGUCAUAAUAACUCAUUUUUCUUACCGAGGAUCCGUUCCAGAAACAGCUCAAGCAUGUGUUAUAAACAAUUUUACUUUGUCCAACGGAUCCGGACAUUUAUGUGCUCCGUAUUGUCACAAUGACUUUCUUUGUAAUGCUUUUGACAUUUGUUUCACAAAGGGGCAGCAUGUGUGCCGUCUCCGCUAUGGAAAAAUGGAAGUGUUUCCGCAUUCCACUUCAGACUGUGCUUACUUUGAGGUGGUUCCGGAAUUAAGCUGCCCUGAGGGAUUCUUUCUACGAUCUAGAGGAGUCUGUAAAAACAACAAUCUGGCCUUAAAAAGCCCUGUUAUUAUGAGCUCUGUAUUUGACGAUCCUGAUUAUGCCGACUUUCGACAUGGUGACGGUAGUUUCGCAGUGAAUGGAGAAGUGAGGUCUGACGACAAAGAGUGCGCUCAUACUAACGAAGAAUCUCAGCCUUGGUUGACAGUAGAUUUACUCGACCAGUUUUACGUCAGACGGGUUGUAUUUGUAAACAGAAAAAUAUGGGAGGGGCGUUUGCACGAUUUGAACGUUACCGUUGGAACAACUAACAUGGCCUUCAUCUGUUUCUGUGGAUUCUUUAUUGGUCCUGGAACGUCCCAUCAGAGGGUGGAUAUGGCGUGUGAAGAAAAUUGUAGAGGGCGCUACGUACGUCUGCAAAUAACAACCCCUGUUCCGGAGUUUUUACAGCUGUGCGAAAUUGAAGUCUACAGUGAUUGCAAUAUCUAAUCUCAUAUUAAUAUCUAUAGCGAAAUAAUAUUUACGUAAACUAUUGCUUUUUAUAUCAAAAGUGUAAAAGUUUG